AUGUCAACAGUACCAUCUCCAGCGGCUGCUACGACCGACGUGGGGUCGUCGUCAAAUGUGUCGCUGAAGCAGCUGAGAAGCAGUCUGCAUCUCGAUUUCUCGGCUGCCACCUCGUCCAAGAAGCAGCAACUCAUCAACGCCGAUUUGCUUCAUCUUAUCAAAGCAUCGCCAACACUUGAAAAAAUUUUUUCACAAGGUUAUUACUAUCAUUGA